UCUCCCCGCCCCGAGACGCGCGGCCCGGGUUGUCCCAGACCUCGUAGACCGUUAUCUGGGGGGCCCGGAGGCCGCGGCUGAGUUCUCUGGGCUGGCGACUGGACGCGGGGCGGGGCAGGGGAGCCAGCCGGGAUGGAGACGAUGCGAGCGCAGCGACUGCAGCCCGGAGUGGGCGGCGGCGGCGGGAUGGGCACUCUGCGAGCCCUGCGGCCGGGAGUGACCGGGGCCGCCGCCGCCGCCGCCAGUCCCCCCGGGGCCUCUCCGCCGGCCCCGCCGCCGCCCGCCCCCCCGCCGCCGCCUCUGCUGCUGUCCGGGGCCGCGGGGCUCCCCCUGCCCCCCGGAGCCGCGGGCAGCCCCGCCGUGCUGCGCGAGGCGGUGGAGGCCGUGGUGAGGAGCUUCGCCAAGCACACCCAGGGCUACGGCCGAGUGAAUGUGGUGGAGGCUCUGCAGGAAUUUUGGCAGAUGAAGCAGUCCCGUGGAGCUGACCUGAAGAAUGGGGCUCUAGUGGUUUAUGAAAUGGUACCCUCCAACAGCCCCCCAUAUGUUUGUUAUGUUACUCUUCCUGGAGGAAGUUGCUUUGGCAGUUUCCAGUUUUGCCCCACAAAAGCCGAGGCCCGUCGGAGUGCUGCAAAGAUUGCACUAAUGAACUCUGUGUUUAACGAGCAUCCCUCCCGAAGAAUCACAGAUGACUUCAUUGAGAAGAGUGUCUCUGAGGCUCUGGCAUCUUUCAAUGGAAACAGAGAGGAGGCUGACAACCCCAACACAGGGAUUGGUGCCUUCCGCUUCAUGCUUGAGUCCAACAAGGGCAAGUCUAUGCUGGAAUUCCAGGAGCUGAUGACAGUUUUCCAACUAUUGCAUUGGAAUGGCAGCCUGAAGGCCAUGAGGGAGAGACAGUGUUCUCGACAGGAGGUGCUAGCUCAUUACUCACACAGAGCCUUGGAUGAUGACAUCCGCCACCAGAUGGCACUGGACUGGGUAAGCCGGGAGCAGGGUGUGCCGGGAGCACUUUCCAGAGAGCUGGCAUCCACUGAGAGGGAGCUGGACGAGGCCCGGCUGGCUGGCAAAGAGCUGCGCUUCCACAAGGAAAAGAAGGACAUUCUCAUGCUGGCCGCUGGGCAACUGGGAACCAUGCAUUCUUCUAAUUGCUAGACACUCCUACCCCUACCACACCUCCAAGCCUCUGUUUGCACAUCUAUUUUCUAAGACUUGGAACAAUUUCUGUACAGACUUACUCAUUUUUUACAUUUUAAAAAAUACUAAAUCUAGGUCUGGUUUCCUAUCUGUCUAGGAAAAUCAUUUUCUUCUUUCCUGAUCUUUUCUGCAAUUGUUUCAUUUGAAACUUAAUCCCCACUCUACAUUGAGGGGUCUAGAGGCUGCUUAUGGACAUCUAUGGAUUCUCAUACUACCGAGUUCUCAAUUUUGCUGAAAAGAAGUUCUUUAAGAGAACAAAGUGUUUCUGGAGCUUCUGGUUGGCUUGUCUGGUACGGGGAUUUCUGUCUGCCUUUGAAAAACACAGCCAACUUUGAGUAAGAGCUCCCUGUCCUCCUCCCCCAGCUCCAAUUCCUGCUGUCCCUUUGAAUUAAACAGGGUACAUAAGAGUAUGAAACUUCUGGCUUUGGAUUGCCUUGGAUAGGACCUCUAGACCAAAGUUAUUCCAAACAUAUCCUGGCAUACCACUUUAUUUUAAGAUCCCCUCACAUUCUAGCUCAGGACAGGGAUGUCUAACAUCUUAUACUUAGUUGACCCUGAGAAGCUGAUGGGGAAAAAAGGCCAAGGGAAAUGAAGAGUGAUCAUAAGUACAAUUUAGGGGUCGGUCUUCACCAAUCCAAGAUGUUACCAUCCUAUUCUAACCCAGAUUUUUGAUACAGUUCACACUAUAGAGCUGGGUGGUAGGUUCUGAAAUUUCUGUUUCUGUUCCUUUCCUUCCGCCUUCCCUUUUGAUUUACAACCAGUGCUGGCUUAGGGCUUUUUUGCUUCCUGAAGACAAUAUAACUCGUAUGUUGAAUGAGACACAUACCUAUGAUAUCUGUUCCUUCCAUCACUUUGCUACUUAAGAAAAGAUAUAUUUUUACCUGUGGAGGACUUUUCUUCUUCCCUCAAAUAGCUGCUGUUUUACCGACUGACAGAAGCUACUGAUCAGUUAUUAGAGUAGUUGUAGUUACACACAUUUAUAUGAUGCUUUAAAGUUUAUAAAGCAUUUUCCUUAAAUCCUUUAAGGUAGGUAGUGUAAGUAGUAGUAUCCCUAUUUUUUUUUAAAUGCAGAAACCAAGGUUUAGAGUUGGAACUGGAGUUGGAAUCCAUGUCUGAAGUCCAGGGCCAUUGCCCACUUACAUCAUAUUACCUCUUACCAGGACUCAGACUUCUUUCUCUUCCUCUCACUUACACGAAUGAGUUGUUCAGGAAACUGAACUGGACACAGAUCUGGUUGGAUUUCUUUUCUGAAAAGUUUAGAGAAGAGAUCCAGAACCAGCUGCUUGUCUAUGAAAUUCUAAUUUUGUUUCUUUUUACUAUGAAUUGAAUUCCCCUGCCUCAUUUUCCCUUGAGAAAGUAUAGGAGGGAUUUUCUAAAACAGAACUAAAGAAUCAUCCUUAUGGCCUGGAGGUUUCUCUAAGAUGUGUUUCUGAUUUGUUUCCACAACCUCCUUUACAUUAAUAUAUAUUACUUUGAAUGCACUUUCUAAAUUGGAUUUGGAGAAUUAGCUUGUUUCGUAGCUAUUUUCCUGUGAUUGGUUGAUAAUCAUUUAAUCUUUACCCAGUCACAACCUUCACUUUUAGGAAAAUUAAGUAGGGUGGCCCAACUUCCUCCUUUAGGUGAGAUGAGCAACUCUUUUUAUUUGGAAGCUGUAUAGGUAACUAUUGUAUAUGGGCUCAAAAAUAGAGGUGAUAGCCAACUUUACUAGUACCUAGAAUGAAUGAGUACCCUCACUCCUGAGGUCUUACUCCCUUCUCCCCCAAAUAUAGACAUAUGUAGAAAGCUCCUACUCUGGGUUAGUUCAGAGGUGUGAAUGCCUCAACUUGUUUUUUUCUGGUUUUUUUUUGGUGAAAUCCCAAAUUAUUUGUCUCCUCAUUUGAGUCCCUUUUUAACUUGUUCCUUUCUCCCUGGGAAAGAAUAGGGAGCUGGUCCCUGGAUCUGCCACAACUGCUGGUCUUUGUUUCAUUUACUAGUUAGAUCCCAACGAGGUUAAGACAGUGCUCAUGCUGUCUAUCUUCAGUUUUAUGUGUCAUAACUUCUUACUACUUUCUAUGUAUUUUGUAUGCACACUUUUAUACAAUUAAAAAUCAAUUUUCUGUA